AUAUGUUCCCACUAUAUAUGCCUUGGCCUAAUGGAUUUACUACUCUCUUCUUCUCCUUCUUUAUUUAUCUACUUUCUUUAAUAUUUCUACUUAUUAAUGGAAAGUUACAAAGAGAUAGCGAUAAAGAUGGAAGAUCCCAUGUCUUAUUUUGAUAAUUUUCCAGUUAUUAGCAAUUCAUUUACAGGCUUAGUGUCAGAUUAUAAUUAUGCUGUUGAAGGUAAGAAUACUAGUAUUGAUUCAUCUUUGGGGUUCAUGGAGUUAUUGGGUGUUCAAGACUUUUGUUCAGCUUCAGUCUUUGAUGUAAAUAGUACUACUACUAAUCAUGAUCAGUUGUUACCAAAAGAAGAGAAGUACCAUAUAGAACCUGCAGUUUCUAUAUCUGAAGAAGUAAAGCCAUCUCCAGCAGCUGAGAGCCAAAACAAAGCAGCUCAUGAAUCAUCGUCUAACAUAUUGAAUACGCCAUCAACGCCAAAUUCUUCAUCGAUUUCCUCUGAAACAAAUGAGGGCCACGCUCAAGAUGCAGAGGGGGAAGUAGCUGAAGAACAGACCAAAACAAAACAGCAGUUGAAAGCCAAGAAAACAGUUAGUCAGAAGAAGGAGAAAGAGCCUAGAAUUGCAUUCAUGACAAAGAGUGAGGUUGAUUUUCUGGAAGAUGGUUACAGAUGGAGAAAAUACGGCCAAAAAACUGUCAAAAACAGCUCUUUCCCCAGGAACUACUAUAGGUGCACAAGUGCAUCAUGUAAUGUAAAGAAGAGAGUAGAGCGGUGUUUCAAUGACCCAAGCAUAGUGGUGACUACAUACGAAGGGAAACAUACUCAUCCAAGUCCCAUGAAUAUGAAUAUGAAUAUGAAUAUGAAUAUGAUCAAUAUGCCCCGCCCAACCUUAUUUCCAACUCGAGUUUUCCCCUCGCCAGCUCCCACUGCCACCUUCCCUCUGCAAAUGCCGUUCCAUAUUAAUCAGUCCGCGCAGCCUCAUUUCAACGACUUGACAACUCCUUUAGCUUCGAAUCUUGAUCAUGCCGCUUUGGUUGCUCAUGGACGGCGCUUUUGCAGUGCUCCAUCUGCUGCUGAGAUGAUGAGAGACCAGGGGCUUCUUCAGGAUCUUAUGUCCUCCAGGGUGGUAGAAGAAGACUACAGAUGAUAUUUAUAUAUAUCUGAUGAUGCAGUUGUAACAUAUAUAGGAGAUGACAAUCAGUACUGAAAUAACACCCUGUAUGCAUUACUUUGCUAGUGGUGGUACUCUUUGGCAUUUUCCGUUUUAAGGAACCUUACAGAUAGCUUAUGGCUCUAACAUUGACGUUUUUGGGAACCAAUAUAUGGGGUUUAAUUAUCAUGUUUAUAUUUUGCUACUUCAAUAGUAUGACAAUAUAACGGAUAUAGAGUUCUUUGUUGUUUCUUGACCGAAA